AAUAAGUCGCAGUGGGUUUUUUGUAUAAUUGUUAGUCAACAAGUUUAAGUAAAGUUGUGUGUUGGAAAUCACAACGACUUCCUGUUAGCGUUAGCCAAGAUGGCGGCGGAUCACGUUUUUAUUCCUCCACCGUCGCUGUCUGCGAAAUUCGAGGGAUCUUUUGCGUAUCUGACUGUAAGAGACAGGCUGCCGACGAUCCUGACCAAAGUCAUCGAUACCAUUCACCGCACCAAGAACGACUUCUUUCAGAAACACGGGGAGGUCGGCGUGGACGCAGAGAAAAGAGCCAUCUCCUUCCUGUCCAAGAUGAGGAACGAGCUGCAGACGGACAAACCCGUGCUGCCCCUGACCGACUCCGCGGACGAUACCGAAGCCUGGAACCGGUACCUUCAGAGACAGCAGGACCUGAUGGAGAAUGGGCAGCUGGUCAGCUGGUUCAAGUCACCUUGGCUCUAUGUUGAGUGUUACAUGUAUAGGAAGAUCCAGGAGGCCUUGUACUUCAGUCCACCAAUCUGCGAUUUCGACGUCUUUAAAGAAGGGAAGACGCAAAGUUUUUUCGAGUCUCAGCAAGCGAUCAUCUCGCUGUGCACGUUCCUGCGUGAGAGCCUCGUCUCCGCUGAUAACGCAAACAGGAAAUGGCUCUUCGAACACUUCCUUACAUUUCUGCAGGUGUCCCUUUGGGGAAACAGGUGUGAUUUAUCAAUCUCAGCCGGCCAGGAGAACUCUCAGAAGACCAGCCCGAUCCAUUCCUUACCUGAUCUGCGUCACUUCAUCCUAGUGGACGAUUCGGAUAAGGUCUGGUCCGUGUUAACAUCUAAACAAAGUCCUGGAGGACAGGAGAAGACCGGCGUCAGAUUGGACAUCAUCCUAGACAACGCCGGCUUCGAGCUAGUCACCGAUCUGGUCCUCGCAGAUUUCAUGGUCUCCGUGGGUUUGGCCAAGGAAGUGCAUUUCCACGGAAAAUCCAUCCCGUGGUUCGUGUCUGACGUCACCAGUCGUGAUUUCGACUGGACCACGUCGCAAACCGCGGCGUCCAAUCACAAGCACAUGUCGUCCUGCGGCGUCCAGUGGAAGCGCCACGUGAAAGACGGAGCGUGGACGUAUCACGAGCAUCCUUUUUGGACUUUACCGCAUGAGUUCUGUGACAUGCCGGCGGACGCGCCGGAUCUCUACUCGACCCUCCAGAGAUCCGAUCUGAUCCUGUUUAAAGGGGAUCUGAACUACCGGCGGCUGACCGGAGACAGAGCUUGGGAGCACACGGUGCCCUUCGGACGAGCGCUCAGGGGCUUCCUGCCUGCUCCGCUGUGCAGCCUCAGGACUCUGAAGGCGAACGUGCAGGUCGGGUUGGAGCCGGGCCAGGCGGAGAAACUCGCCGCUCAGGAUACGGAGUGGAUGACCAGCGGCAAAUAUGCAGUCAUUCAGUUCUGCAGUCCGUUUGAAGAGCAGCAGCAGGGUUCCUAAAGAUGUCAAGAAAAUCAAUACCAAAGAAAAGAAAUGAGUGAUUCAUUAAAAUCUAGAAUAAUCUCUAAUUUAAUUCAUUUCUCCGUCAAUAAUUUCUCACACAAGUGACUCCAUGUACACAGAGGAUCCUCAGAACGAUCUCUUGCUGGGACCUCCACGACUCGUUUCUGUUUCGAUGUUCAAGAUGUCGUUAAUCCAAACAGCGUGACUUCAUUUGUGGUUUUACCAACUUACAAAACACGUAGACCAUUUCCAGUGUUAGACCCUUUACAAUUCUGACCAAUCAAAUCGCAGGUUGAAGGCCAACAGAGGAACGGAGCAACAUUUUAGGGAUUAAUAUUCACAAAAUGUUCUCGACAGUACUCUUUAAACCCAAACAAAGUCAAAAGAACGAAUUGAAAAUUUUCCUUGAUUUAAACUAGGAGAUCCAAACCCAUUCCAGCAUGACGACACCCCUGUGCACACAGCCAGCACCGUGAAGAUCUGCUUUACAUGGCUUUGGAGUGGAAGAUCUAGAUCUGGUUAUGGCGUUGGACUCUUAUUCUUGAAGGUCGUGAGUUCAAAUCCCAGCCACGCUAAGCUGCUACUGCUGGGGCCUUGAGUUACGGACCUUAACCCAAUGCUGUAAAUGUUAAAGGUAUUGAAGCUCAGGCCUCCUCACCUUCUCACCUAUAUCAGUACCCGACUUUACUCCUUCGUAGCUGAAUGAGCACAAAUCUCCACAAAAUCUAGUGGAACAUCUUCCCAGAAGAGUGGAGGUUCUUAUAAGAGCAAAAGGUUUAGGUGCCCCCAUACGUUUGUCCGUAUGAUUCACAUUACGAUAGAUUUUAUUAUAAAUGUAAUAACCAGUCACCUUGAGUUCCUGCUGCUCUACAAGUUUAACCAUGUAAUAUAUUUUUUUUGUGCUGAAUAUUUCUACAUUCUUCUUUGAGAAGUUUAACCUGAAACGAAUUUGUGAGACUUCAGGUAAAUUAAAGAUUUUUCCAUCCAGUGUAAAAGGGGGGGUGCGGAGAUCGUGAUGGUUCAGGUGGGGAGGAAUGGGACAGAGGGGUAUCAAUGUCUCCAGCACACACACACACACACACACACACUCACACACUCUCUGUCUCAACCACGCUGCCGCGACUGAACUCUACUGAAUGGUAUUUUUUUUUUUUUUUUUUGUUUUUGUUAAAUGGUUUACAUUCUUGUUUAAAUGGAUGUAAAGGGGUUUAAUGGACUCGCUGCUGCUUUUGUAUGAAUUGUAUAAUAAUGCAAGUUCUGCUGGCGUGUGUGUGUGUGUGGGGUAAUUUGCAUGGCAUUUGUGAGCAUUCUCACAAGCAGUAUAUACAGUAAAAACGGAAUUAAAUUUAA